GGGCGGCGGAGGAGCAGCUCGGGACGGCGCUCGGCAGCGGCGGCGGGGGCACGGCGGCGAGCACACGCGUGGCGGCUGCCCCGCUCUCGGCGGCCCCAUGGAGGAGAGCGAGCCCCUGCUGUCCGGGGCUCGCAGCCCCCGCGGCUCGGGCGCAGGUCCCCCGGACGGGGCGCUCGGCGGCUGCGGCCCCGGCCCCGCCCGCUCGUACGGCUCCCCGGCCGAGCCAGUUGCCGAUGCCCGCCGGGACCUUUGCAUCAACCAGGCCGUGGUGUUUAUCGAGGAUGCCAUCCAGUACCGCUCCAUCAAUCACCGCAUGGACUCCACAUCGCUGGCCCUGUACCGGUGGCAUUACUCGCGCAUCUGCCAGGGGAUUCUGAGCUUCACCAUUUUCCUGAUCCUGUCCCUGGCCUUCAUUGAGACCCCCUCUUCCCUCACGGUGACCUCGGACGUCCGCUACCGCCGGGCACCCUGGGAGCCCCCGUGUGGCCUGACCGAGAGCAUCGAGGUGCUCUGCUUCCUGGUGUUCAUCGCGGACGUGUCCAUGAAGAGUUAUUUGAUUGGAUGGAAGGAGUUUCUGAAAAACCCGUGGCUGUUGGCUUACAUUGUGGCCCUGGUGGUGUCUUUGGCUGACUGGACCGUGUCCUUGAGCUUUGCCUGUCAGGAGACAGUGCGAAUCCGCCGGCUCGUCCGGCCCUUCUUCCUGCUCCAGAACUCUUCCAUGAUGAAGAAGACGCUGAAGUGCAUCAAACGGACGCUGCCUGAGAUGGCCAGUGUCGCGCUGCUGCUCGCCGUGCACCUGUGCCUCUUUGCCAUGCUUGGGAUGCUCCUGUUCAUGCGGGAAAAGGAUGAGCAGAAGGACCAGGAACGGAGGCUGUACUUUCGGAACUUGCCCGAGUCGCUGACCUCCCUUCUGGUGCUGCUGACCACGGCCAACAACCCCGAUGUGAUGAUUCCGGCAUACUCCAAGAACAGGGCCUAUUCCAUCUUCUUCAUCGUCUUCACUGUGAUAGGAAGCUUGUUCCUGAUGAACCUGCUGACCGCCAUCAUCUACAACCAGUUCCGGGGCUACCUCAUGGAAGCCAUCCAGUCCUCACUCUUUCGGAGACGAUUGGGAAUCCGGGCGGCCUUCGAAGUCCUCUGCUCCCUGGAAGGAGCAGAAAUCCAUCCUCUCGUAGUCGGCGUUAAGCCAGAAACGUUCCUCCAGGUGAUACGGAAAGUGAAAAUGAGCCUUUACUGCAAGGAAGCCAUCACCCAGACUGUCGCUUCCCACGCUGGUGGAUUGAUGUCGGCCGAUCAGUUCCAGAGCGUCUUCGAUGAGCUGGACAAAGAUGCAAUCAAGGAGAGUCCCCCUCGGCCUGAGUACCAUUCCACUGUCCUGCAACGUGCACAGGCUAUCUUUGGCCAUCGCUAUUUUGACUACUUGGGGAAUGCGGUCGCCUUUGGAAACAUUGUGUCCAUUUGUGUGUUCUUGGUGAUGGAUGCAGACAAGUUGCCCAGUGAGCGAGAUGACUUCAUUUUGGGGGUCCUGAAUUGCUUCUUCAUCCUGUACUACGUGUUGGAGAUGCUGCUGAAGGUGUUUGCGCUGGGCCUGAAAGGCUACAUCUCAUUCUUCAGCAACAUCUUUGACGGGAUUCUCACCGUGAUCCUGCUGGUUUUGGAGAUCUCCACUCUCGCGGUGUACCGAUUUCCCCAUCCGGGCUGGAAGCCCGAGGUGCUGGGUCUCUUGUCUUUGUGGGACAUGGCCAGGCUGGUGAAUAUGUUCAUUGUGUUUCGGUUCUUAAGGAUCAUCCCAAACAUGAAGCUGAUGUCCUUGGUGGCCGGGACUCUGCUGGACUUGGUCAGAAACAUGAGGGCCUUUGCGGGGAUCCUGGUGGUGGUUUACUAUGUCUUUGCCAUCGUUGGGAUCGGCCUGUUCCAAGGAGCCAUUGUGUCCCCUCCGGGAAACAACAGCCUCGUCCAUGCCAACAGCACCUCACAGUGUGGCACCUUUGAGCAGCUGGAGUACUGGCCCAAUAACUUUGAUGACUUUGCGGCUGCGCUGGUGACUCUCUGGAAUGUGAUGGUCGUCAAUAACUGGCAGGUUUUUCUGGACGUGUACACGCGGUAUUCUAGCCCGUGGUCAAAGCUCUACUUCGUGGCCUGGUGGCUCGUGUCCUCCGUCAUCUGGAUGAACCUCUUCGUGGCUCUGAUUCUGGAGAACUUCAUUCACAAGUGGGACCGGCGAGGCCAGCAGCAGCUCGUCCCUGGGGUGUGCCAGGCCCCGUACCAGAUGACGGUGGAACUUAUGUUUAGGGAUGUCUUGGAGGAACCGACGGAAGAAGAGUUGGUGGAGAGGUUGGUACAGCAUCCACACCUACACCUCUGCAGGUGACACAGGUGUCACCUGCUCACGUCCUCAGCCCGGGAAUGGCCACGGCCGGAGGACCUGCAGAGUGACAUCACGGCCUCUGAUGUCAUCUGUGGGGCCGCUGGAAGGGAAGGAGAGAGAGGAUGGUUCCCCGCGCUACAAUUGUUUUCAUUUCUCAAACCACUUGUGCCCGUCUGUGUGGAAGGAGCAGUGGCCGGCCAUGCUUCGUGGACCACGACUGCAUGAAUGUCUGUGUGGACUCUGGCUCUGGACACUGGCCGACUGGGAGCCGGCUCCCCUCUGACCUGGGCGGUUUCUAAGGGACUCUAGUUUUUACCUCACAAGCCCCUAGGAGUGCAACAGGACAUGCUUGGGGGUGGACAGUGUAGACGCCAGGGGCCGAGGCUGGGGGUGACCUCAGUCAGUGCCUUGGGCGGCUCUGGAGGGUCCUGGGCAUUAUACAUGCAGAUGAACCAGAUUUAUUUUUAGCCUGAACGUUGAUGCCAGCCUGCUACUUAAGCCAGUGGUGACUUGGGGGAGGAUGGGCACCACACAGUGCCCGCCUCACUGUGGGCGUGUGGGACAGGUCACUUUCAAGGCCAGGGACCAGCUGGGCUGGGCCUCCCGAGGAAGCUUGUCCUGCUGUCCUGAGCCUGUUGCUGGGUUAAUUGGGCUUGGGCGCGGCUCAGCCUUUGUGGGCAGGCCUGCCUCUUCUCUCAGGUGGCAGCAGGGGAUUCGAUGGGUUUUCCAGAGGGGUCAGUGUGACCACGGAAUGGAACUGAUGACGUAGUCCAAUUUCCUCUCCCCUGCCCCUCCCCCCACCUGCUCUUCUGCCCUACUGUGCGCUACAUUUAGGUCAAAUCUGUGGUAAGAAAGUCUGAUGUGUUGGUUGUAGUUUGUGCGUGUAGCCCUUACAAGACCCCUUCCUCAGCUCCCCUGCCCCUUUUCCCUUCUCAGAAAUAGUACUGGGGGGUUGAAGGUGUGAGAAGCCCAGUGGUCCUCGUGCCCCAGCUCCUAGGACCUGAAGAGGCAGGAAUUAAGUACGUCUGGUAUACUAGGCAGGGCACAAAGGGCUCCCUGUUCCAGUGGAGCUUAUGUUCGUUUCCCCCCUGCCCCCCCUUUUUUUUCUGGGGCAAUGAGGGUUAAGUGACUUGCCCAGGGUCACACAGCUAGUAAGUGUCAAGUAUCUGAGGCUGGAUUUGAACUCAGGUCCUCCUGAAUCCAGGGCCAGUGCCUUAUCCGCUGCACCCCCUAGCUGCCCCGAGCCUAUGUUCUACAGGAACCCAUGCCUGCAGUGUAAAGGGAGCGAGCCCGUGUUUGCUGGGUAACACACAUGUGGGGAUAGAGGGCUUUCUCCUCUGUUUUCUUCUCCAUGGGCACAUCCCUUUCCUCCUUUCUUCUGCAGUGCCAGUGCAUUGUAAUCACUGCGGAGCAUAGCCAGUCCUUCCUGAAAAUCGCACCCCCCCCCAAGUAACAAAGAGAAACGUUUAAGUGAGACCAGUUGGUGCAUCCAUUUUGUUCCACUGUGCGCACCAUUCUGCACCCAUAGUCUCCCACCUCUCCAGCAAAAGGCAGGUGAAAGAACUGUAUAAAUUUGAGUUCUUCUAGUGUCAAACCCCUUUUGCUUCUAUUCCUCCCUGACCCCAGGCUUCCUUCUUCAUGUGAUCUGAGGCAUGUCCAGUGUUCAGUAGUGCUGCUGAGCAGGGGAGGGAGGAAGUAAAAGAGGGGUUGGCGUAAUGAAAGUGGAGGGUAGAAGGAGAAAUCACAUGUUCUGGCCUGUCAGGGGGUGGAGUCAUUGUCCUUUAUGCUGAGGCCUUCUCCUCAUGCCAAGGGGCGUGGCCCCUUGGGGGCAGAGCAUUGACAAGGAUUUUUAAAAAGUAUAAGGGAGAAUCACCACCCACCACAAAGGCUAAUAAACCCAACGCGUCUCCCACCCGGAGCCCUCCGAACUCAGCUGUUUCCAUUUUGAUUAAAUGGGAAAAAUGUCAUGCUCA